CGGCGAGGUGGUCGGCUAGAGUUACCUCGUACUUUUAUUUGUUGCAAUAAGCUAUUUAGUAGCUAAACAUUCAUAUGGUGUUUAAGGACUUGGGAAAUUCAACAUGAGUCGGUCUGCAGAGAAGGAAGCGCGUAAAAGAGCAAAGAAGGAAAAGAAAAGGCAACUUAAACAACAAAGAGUAAAUUUCCAGGAGGCCUUUAAACAUUUCUUCGAGGUUUUGGCAAUAUGUAUAGCUAAGCAUCCAUGGAAAGUGGCUAUUAUAACUUUCCUUUUCAACGGUUUACUUGGGCUAGGAAUGUUAAAUUUACCAGCUAGCAAAUUACUCAAUAACGACAUUGAGGACCUAUAUAUACCAAAGGGUGGGCCCACGGAGAAAACAGCGAAUGAACUUUUAAAACUAUUUCCAGAUAAGAGCGGUUAUGAUUUUUAUCCCCACCAGAAUGUUAAACAGCCGAUGUUUGCAGAGAUUAUGAUUUGGAAACAUGAUGUCCAAAAUCUCAUUAACGGGUCUAUAUACCAGGAAAUAGAACAUAUUAUGAAAUUUGUCAAGAAUAUCUCCACGUUUACCGUUGAUGGCGGCUACGCAAAGUACCCGGAUCUUUGCGCGCGCAGAAAUGGCGAAUGUGUUAUACAAGGUGAAGAAGUAGUAGAACAAAUAAAAGACAAUGAUGCUGGAACUAUACCAAUUAGAGAGCUGCUCAACAGGGAUGGGAAUAAUUAUGAAAGUUCACUUACUAAUUUAGCAGAUUAUACAGUCGAAAACGAUACGCUGACGAGCGCUAAAUAUCUAAAAGUUCGAUUCCAUCUCCGGCAAGACUCUGAAACAAUGUUGAAAAAUUCAAAACUUUGGAGGGACCAUUUUGUUACUUAUAUGAAGAAGUUCAUUAGAAAACAGUAUCCGGACAACCUCCAUUUGACCUUUACACACUCAGGGGCAUUUUAUGAAGAAUUGGGGAAUGACACUUUCAUGGAUAUUCCGUAUUUCUCGUUUGUGUUCACUGUGUUCCUGACCUAUCUCGGUAUUAUUAUGGCUGGAGGAAACAUCAUCUCUAAACGAGUUAAUAUUGGAAGGAUCGGCAUUGUGGUCACACCUGUAAGCGUUCUUGGAGCCUGGGGCCUCCUCAUGGGCUGUGGGGUUGAGUUCACCAAUACAAUCGGCGUGAUUCCUCUUCUUAUCCAGGCUCAUCAAAUAAUCAACGCUAUGAUUGCAUUGUCUCACCUGUCAGACGUUAAUGACGUCAAAGAUGCACAUAAGCGCGUUGCCUAUGCUGUAAAGACAUCUGCUAUCCCCGUGACCUUGACAACUCUGUGUCACGUGAUCCCUUUCGCCGUUGGAAUCCCUUCAAAUUACUACGUCACGAAACUUGUCUGCAUUUAUUUUGUUGUGACGAUGCUGUUCAACUAUUUCAACCACUUUGUGUUUUUCACGGCAUGCCUUGCUUUACAUGAACACCGUAUAGACGCGGAACUUCACUUCUGCUGUUGGACUAAACUGACACCACGUGACCAGUUAAUUGAGGAAGGAAGAAACUGCUGCGUCAUAUGUUGCUGCUCUGGAAAACGACCGGAAACCAGAGAAGACACUGAAAGCGGUCCGGAACGAUUAUCGCGAAAACUAAUGUCAAGAUUUUUCUUGACAACUCCGAUGAAAUUUUUCAGCGUGCUAUCGUACUUAGCAUAUCUGGUAUUUGUGAUAUGGGGUCUAACAAUGUAUGAUAUAGACUCCGUCCAAAUCAGUAAGGUUCUGCCAAAAUCUUACUUCUCUAACUGGAACAAGUACUGGACAAGAGAGUUUAAAAAUGAAUCUAUAAUUCAGUUUGUUGCUAUUCAUCCCUAUGGUUACACACACAAUCAAACCAUUGUCUCAGACUUUGAAAAGCUGAUUAAAACAAAAUCCUAUAUGAAAUUCGAUUCUUUUCAGAGUUGGUUUGAAACUUAUUCUUCCAGCGACUAUAAAAAUCUCACCACAGAGGAGGCAUUCUUGCAAUCUGUUCAAGAAAGCUUCAUUCCAAACAACCCCGUGUUUAAACACGAUCUUGUAAGUGAUGCAAUUCGUCCUCGAGUAAUUGCUUCUAGAUUCUACAUGAAGACAAAACAUGUAUCGUCAACAAAAGCAAUGAUUCAAAUUAAGAAAGACCUUCAAAAACUGGUUAAAGACAUAAAUGAGUAUGCGGAAGAUAUACAUGAUAAUAACGAAGAUAAUGGCGUAUACGAGUCCCCGUUCAUAUGGCAAGUUGACGAUGAUAAAUAUUUCAUUGUUCAUUCGCCGGAUUUCCUCGCUACAGACUGGUAUAUGCUUCCACUUUGGGAAAUUCUUAAGAUUGCCGCAGUUCAGUUUGGUCUUUUAUUCUGUCUAUCUCUCAUUCUUAACCCUAGCCUCGGUAUGGCCAUCCAACUUCCGUUCUGCUACUUCUCAAUGGUUGGGGGAAUUUUUGGACUUUCUCACUUUUUUGGUGUCUACCUCACCCCUGUUCCUAUGAUUGUUUACAUGAUUGGCUGUUCUUACAGUACUGAGGUCAUUUCCCAUACGUACUAUCACUUCAUGAAAGCUGAGGGGAUCAACCGAGCAGCGCGCAUGAAUACAGUCCUAAGUACUAUUUCUCAGGCGAUCUUCCACACAAUAUUUGGACAGUUCUUAGGUCUGCUUGUUCUUAUCGUUGAUGAGUCCUAUGUUUUUGUCACCGUGUUUCAGCUGACAAUCAUCACCACAGGUUCCUGUGUUAUUCACACAGUUCUAUGGUUACCAACCCUUCUGUCUUUGCUAGGCCCAGGUGAGGAGAAAAUACCCGAAGAGUCUCUUGACAUCUACAAAGUUGAAUUAGCAACUAUAUCAAAUGGCACUGCUAGCAGAAAUAAUUCAGCUGGUAUUGCAAAUCGUUCAUUUGUCAGGGAUAGUUAAAUUUAUCAAUGAGAAAUCUGUCAGACACCUGUAACUUUUGUGUAACAUAACUGCCAUGCUAUUUAAUAUAUAUACAUGCAAAUGUGGCUUUUUUAAACGUUUACCACUACUGUAGCCAAUCUGGGAGAGCAUCCAUUAAUGGAGAAGACGGCCAGUAUCAAGGUAAUGGACAUUUUUAUCACUCAGCGUGGGGCUAAAUGCUUCUAUAGUGAAAACUGGAUAGACUAUUUUGACAAUCGACCCCCUAGCUAUUGAUUGUAACCAAAAUAGCAUUCUACAUUACUUUUCAGGUUUGUUAAUUCAUAAAUUUGCAUGUACCGGUUUGGAAUGAGGUUAUGCGGUUCAUACUUGUAAAAUUUUAACUAAUAAGAUAUAAAUAUACAAUCUAUACAUAGAUUAAUAUAAUGCUAUAAUAGUUCUAGUGAUUGAAAUAUUAAUUGUAAAUAUGUAUAUACAUGUUAUGUAAAUGUAAUCAUGUUGAAAAUUGUUGAAUAAAUUAUAUUCUUUGCAAUA